GGCGUUAUUAUUUUCAUUAUCAUUAUAUUAUUUCUGUUUACGAGCAACCGUUUCUCUUCUUAUUAGUAAUUUAUUUGUGAAAAUGUCGAAAGCCCAUCCUCCAGAACUGAAAAAAUUCAUGGACAAAAAGUUAAGUUUGAAACUUAACGGUGGUAGACAAGUAACAGGGAUAUUAAGAGGUUUUGAUCCUUUCAUGAAUUUGGUUGUCGACGAAUCUAUUGAGGAAUGUAAAGAUGGAUCGAAAAACAAUAUUGGGAUGGUUGUGAUCCGGGGAAACAGCAUUGUAAUGGUUGAAGCCUUAGAUAGAAUCUAGGAUUUAGUUUUUUGAUAUGGUUUAAAUUUCUCAGUUCAUUUAUC